AUGGAAUCUUCAAAUAUGCCUCGGAUACGAACUGAACAUAAUGGAUACCAGACCCGGAAACGAAAUAAGGACAAUGAUUUGAAAUUAGCGACAUGGAAUGUAAGGACAAUGAUGCAGCCUGGAAAAUUGGAUGAAAUUGCUGAUGAAGUUUUAAAGUACCACAUUGAUGUAGCAGCAUUACAAGAAAUAAGAUGGAAAGGAUGUGGAGAGAUUAGAAAACGUAAAUAUGCAUUAUAUUAUAGUGGAAACGAGCAAAAUUCAGGGAUGUAUGGCACUGGAUUCAUAGUGAAUAAGAGUAUACAAAAGGGUAUAAUAGGUUUUAAUCCAGUUAAUGAAAGAAUCUGCACCUUAAGAAUCAAGGGAAAAUUUAAUAAUAUAUGUCUAAUAUCAGCAUAUGCACCCACAGAGGAGGCGAGUGAAACAAUAAAAGAGGUUUUCUAUGACGAACUAAGUCUUGUAUGCGAAAGGGUGUCAAAAUAUGAUACAAUUAUUAUAAUGGGCGAUUUUAACGCAAAAAUAGGCAAGGAAGAGCUGGCACAACGGAGAAAAGAAAUACAUAAAGGUACAUGGAAAAUACCUGGUACAAAUCUAACGAACCAAAUAGAUCAUGUACUAAUAUCCACAAGAUGGUCAUCAUCAAUAAUUGAUGUAAGAAGCUGCGAUCACUAUCUAGUUAAAACCAUACUACGACAAAGAAUAUCAAACGUAGCAAAAAAUAGAGGACUACGAAGAGUCAAAUGGGAUAGUGACAAAUUAAAAGACAAUGAAAUAACUCAGCAAUUUCAAAACUCCGUCAAGAAUCUUAUGCAUGAAACAGACUAUACAUUUGAAAAUAUAGAUGAUGAAUGGAAUGAAAUUGAAACGGCCUUAAUUGAAAGCGCCAGAAAUGUUAUCGGACAAAAACAAAUGCAAAGAAAUGCCGAAUGGUUCGAUAAUGAAUGCAGAAAAGCCAUAAAAAUAAAAAAUGAAGCGCGACAAAAAACUCUACAAAGAUGUACAAGAGCAAAUAUGGAGAAUUAUAAAGAAAAGAGACGAAUAGCUACAAAAUUAUGCCGAAAUAAGAAAAAAUUAUAUAUGAAAGAAAAACCGAAACUAGCAUUAUGUAAAGAUAAAGAUGGAAACAUGAUUACAGAAGAAAAUGAAAUCAUAAAACGAUGGGCAGAGCACUUUAAAGACACAUUGAACAAAACAACAGAGGAAAGUCAAGAAGAUGAAAAUAUAAUAUAUACUGCUGAACCCCUAAUAGACACACCAUCAAUGAGUGACGUAAAAAAUGCAAUAAAUAAGCUAAAACACAACAAGGCGCCAGGCGAAGACGCAAUAACAGCUGAGCUGUUAUGUAAAGGAGGUGAACAUUUAUGUAAGAAAUUACAUAAUCUAAUAUGUAAUGUAUGGUUACAAGAGACUAUACCAGAAAAAUGGCGCAUUAGUAUUUUAAGACCAAUACACAAAAAAGGGGAUAAAACUGAGUGCAAUAAUUACAGAGGUAUUAUGCUAUUGAAUGCUGCAUACAAGGUGCUGUCUAAUAUACUGUAUGCGAAAAUUAGACCUUACUACGAAGAAAUUAUAGGCGAAUAUCAGUGUGGGGUCAGAAAUCAGAGGUCGACCGUUGAUCAAAUUUAUCUAUUAAAGCAAAAUAUGGAAAAAUGUUACGAAUUUGGUCAAGAUCUACAUAUACUAUUUAUUGAUUUUCAACAAGCCUUUGACGGUGUAAAUAGAAACAAAAUUGUACAAUCACUAUUAGGACUUGGUAUACCCAGAAAAUUAGCAAAUCUUACUAUGGCAACGAUGGUUGGGUCAAAAGCGAAGGUAAUGAUACAGAAUUCGGUGUCAGAUAAUUUUGAAAUUCAAUUAGGAGUACGACAGGGUGAUGCAUUAUCAGCUAUGCUAUUUAACAUAGUAUUGGAAAAGGCUAUAGGAGAAAUGGAUGGGGGUGGAAAUAUUUUUACAAAGUCCCAUCAAAUAAUUGCAUACGCUGAUGAUAUAGCAAUCAUAUCAAAAAAUUACAGGACUCUAGUUGAAACAUUCAACACAGAAGAACCGCCUAAAAUAUCACCAUCAACGAACACAAUUUUGAGGGUGUUACACAUUUCACUUACUUGGGAGUAUUAA